AUCGAGCUCUCUGCGCUUCCUUCGAUUCUGUAAGUCUCUCUCUCAGUAUUCAUCUUAAUUUCGUUUUGGUUUUGAUCAUUUGUUCUUUGAUUUCAAUCAGUCAUUUUUACCACAUCAUUAUAGAUUGCUGUUUUUUCGGAUUCGUAAUUCUUCAACAACUUCAGUUUCGCUAUGCGUUGGAGAUAGGAAAGAUAUAAGCUCUGUUAGUGUAGGAUUUAAGGAGGAUGAGCUUUCGGUGUUGAUUCUCAAUGCUGCAGUUAUUCUCAUUAAUACAUGUGACAUUGAACAAUUGGAGAAGAUUCCGGGACAGUUAUCACAAGCUUUCUUUGCAUUUAUGAGGAAUCUCCGGGUGAAACUGCGGAUUGCAAUGUCACUCGCAAGCCCUCUGGAUUGUAUGCCACCGGGAGAGUUGUAUGUUAGUAACAUUCGAGUUAGUCAUGUGGCCGAAAGCCUCUUUAGGCUUUCUCUAUGUGUGGCUCGGAUUGUCACGCCUUUGCCUUUUCCUGUGCUUGAAAGAGGUGUGUUUGGUUCCACAGAGUCGGGUUUUAGAGAUUUUGUGUUGAACCACUGGGAGGUAUCACCAUUUCUUGUGAAGAGGAUGGCGGCAGGGGCGAAAAUUGAGGAGGAUGAUCUUUUCGGCCCGUUAUCAGCGAACUUGGUGGGAACAUAUCCUUCUUUUCUUUCUUCUAUGCUUCCAGGGAUGGUUUCUUGUCUUCCUAUUGCUUCAGACGAGUUAAACAUCCUUGCAUUUCUGGAGGAGGUGCAGAACAAAUUGGGUUGUCCUCUAGUCUACCAGCAGGACAUUCGGGUUGUAAAAACAAAAAGCAAGAAGGAGGUGCAUUUCUUUGCGAACAGUCUGGCAUCUUGCUGCGUGAAUGAUCCUCAUUGUCUUAGCACUGAGGAUGUUUUAAAAUGCGAAGAGGCAUAUAAAGAGGGUUACACAGUUGCGUUACGGGGAAUGGAGUUCCGGUUUGGCAGUGUUGCUGCUAUUGCAGAAGGAUUAGCAUCUAUUUUCGGUCAACCAUCUGUAGGGUGUAAGAAAUGGAGGGUUUCUUCUCAGUCAAAUGUUCAGUUACCUCGAUUAUAUGAUCCUCUUGAUAGACUAUAUGGUUCUGAAGUUCAUAAUUCAAUGGAUAACUGCAAACAAUAUUUGCUUAGAGAAGGUGAUAUUUUGUAUAUCCCCAGAGGUGUUCUUCAUGAGGCAUGCACCGAGAAUGUUAGUCUUGAUGGGUCCGCUAGCUGUUCCUUACACAUUACACUUGGUAUUGAGGUUGAACCUCCUUUCGAGUGGGAAGGAUUUGUUCAUGUUGCAUUCUUUAGUUGGUACCAGAUUCAAAAACAUGUUGACAAUUCUUUCGAGUCUUCCAUUCAUGUUAUAUCAGCAAAUCUCUUCCAUGCUGCCAUUGGGUUGAUAGGUGGUUCUGAUCCUACCUUUAGGAAAGCUUGCUUGAUUGCAUCAAUCUUUCCACGGUCACACGCACAUAACUGGCUUGAUUUGGGCCAAAGAAUGAUUUUUCGUCAGCUGAUAGAUAAAAUUGGUACUGAGAGUAGGUUCUUGGAAGUGUUCAGGAGCAUCGAAUUAGCAGUUCAGGAAAACAAGGAUCCCUUGCAACGGAUUAAAUGGCUUGAUUUUCUCAAUAUGGAGAAGGAAAGAAGGCCAAAUCACGACCAGAAUAUGCCUUUCAUGGAAAUGAGGAAUUUACUGUCAUUAUGUGUUCAACACAGAGACCUUGUAGAAGCUGCAUUCCAUCAGCUUAAAUCUAGGUUUUGUGAAAAUGUGAUAGUUGAGGAUGCAAUAGUUAGUUAUAAGAUGCUGUUAGAUAAAUACAGGAAUGUUAGAAAGCAAUACAUGAAUGGAAUGGUUUCACUGCAUCAUCAAUUGUGA